AUGGCAAAAGAGUUAUGUGUUUUAAGCAAAUAAAGUUCCCAACAAUGUUUCAGUUCAUUAGGAAAUUUUGAAUCUAUACAGCAAGUAAACGAUUCUAAUAAAUGGGAUGAUAUCAAAUAAUCAAGACAAGACCUAAUGAAAAAAUAUCAUCAAUUCAAAACUAACGAAGUUAAAUAAUCAACCUUAUCAACCUAUUAAUCUUAAAAGGUAAUAAAAACUUAAAUGAAGGUUCUCAUUCCAAAGAUUGAUAAUUUUGACAUGAAAUUAAAUAUCAAGAGGGAUACUGUAAUAAAGAAUAAAGAUAAAGAAAAUAUUACAAGCUCAUAAUAUAAACAACAAGAAAGACCAGAAUCAAACAGUUAGAGAAUCAGACAAGAAUCAGUAUAUGAUAGACUAUACAAUUUGAGAGAUUCUGAAAAUAAAGGGACAAAAGUAGUUCAAAAGAACCAAAAUCCUACUAUCAAUUAUUCAUAAAAAUAAACAAAGCUAAUUUUGGGUCAUAAUAUCUUAAUUCAAAAGCGAUCCUCGGAUCCAUCAAUAUUGAUGCCUAUUUCAUCUUUGAUUAAGAAAACUUAAAAGCACUAAUUAGAUUACCAAUAAGACCAAAAGAGUACAUAAGCCCAAAUUCAUCAUCAAUAAAAUAAUUCUUAGGAUCUUUUUAAAGUCAAUGUCAGUAGACAGUAAGCUUGCCAUCCUGAAAAAAAAGAGAUUAGUAAAUAAAACUAGUCAGCAGAAGUUCAGAGUAAUCUUAAUUCCUAGUAUAUACCAAUAAAACAUUGUUAUUUUUCCUUGGUAAAUGCAGAUGAGAGGUUAUAAAAUAAAAAAGUGAGGUCCUUAAGCAAUGAGAAACAUAAAACAAAAUAAAGCUGUAAAUCAUCAAAGGGAAAUCGUGCACACACCUAAGGAAAGUAGGAAGUUACAAAUUAAUAAAAAAUCAAUAGACUUUACGAAUAUAUUUUAGAAGGAAAUUACUGA